UGUUAACCACCAGUUGAUAUAUGAUAGCAGGCAAAGUCGCGUUCGCAUAUACGAAUACCUAGGAAUGGCGCCGCUGGAUGAUUAGAAGACUCGAAACUGCCAGUAUCGAAACUUACCAAAUCUCAACCAACUUACAAUGGUUCUCGAAGCUCCGGACCCAAAGACGUUCUCGUCUUGGGAGGAUGCAUUCCGCUACCCUACCCCCGCCGUGAGGCAUAUGGAGCUUCAGCUGCGGGGAGAUUUGGGUGCGACAAGGGAGAAACUACGGGGAAUGGUCGGGGCGAGCUAUCGUGAUCUACUGGGCACGGCGGAGAACAUUAUCGAAAUGGAUCAGCAAAUGCAUAAUGUUGAGAGGCACUUUGGCGAUAUUACUAGAAAAUGCGAUUCGCGUUCGUUCUCGAGACUUGGGAAGAACUACGGAAAGUGGAAUGCAACUGUCAAAACAGAUGAUCGAAAUAGAUAUGCGUUGACAUCGCAACUGGCGCUUUUGCAGAGCUUCCCUGGGCUCAUCUCCCAAAUGCUCCGGCAAGGUGACUCGAUACUUUUGGCUGCCAAAUUAUUGGUGCUGUCGCGGCUACUACAUAAAUCACUCUCCAACGAGAACAAUACUCCUCCACUUGCGGAUACGUUGCGCAAUCGAUUAGCAUCUCUACGGCGGAGCAUUCUCAGUCGGAUCGACCGCCAACUUUCCAGCCUCACGGCCAGCACUACCUCGAUAGUCGAAAGCAUGUGUGCAUUUUCCUUGGCAACGAGCUCGACGCCAACAGACGUCUUGCGCCAUUUCCAACAUAUCCGUCUUCGCGGAAUCUCUGCCCGCUUGGAAUUAGACUCUCAGGGUCGAGCGGAUGUACUGGGAGCACUCAGUCUCUUCAUUCGAACACUCGAAGAUGUCCAGACCAUUAUGCCGUCUCGGCUAGCGGAUACAUUGAAAAAGAUCAAGUCUCAACCGAUCCUCAGUUCUCCCGACGUCGAGUCGCUGUUGGAGUUAAAUCUGGAUAUCCAUGGCAAAUGGGUGGCCGAGGAGGUGAAGAAUUUCGUUCCCUGGAUCCGACACGAUGACCUGAAGGAAGAUCAAGCAAAAGCGAUACAACGUGAAUGGUCGAAGAAGGCAUUCGGCGUGUUCCUUGACGGGUUGAAAACAGCCGCCGCUGGACGCAAGGACUUGAAAAGCCUUGUUGAAAUGCGCCAGGAAGUUCUCAGCAAUUGGCUCCGAAAUCGCACCAGGGUCCCUGGGUUGGGUGGACUCUCGCUGCUAGAAAGUCUCCGAGCUGCACUCAAUGACCAGCUCACUCACCUGGUCCGACUACGCGCGAGCAGGUUACACUUGGUACAAACCGAAAUCUCAGCCAUACUUGCUGAUGGUCCCACUGCCCUUUCGUCGUGUCCAUCUCUGUGGGACGAAUCAAUGAUCACAAUGGAUUUCAGCAACGGCGCCGUGGCUUUCAAGCAAGCCAUUCUCGACCGGAGCUCUGGCCGUAGCGACGCCGUCUUGCGCGUGCUGCGGAGCUACGAAAGCUGGCUGAGUCUGGUCGACGAAGCAAGGAUCAUGAUCAAGAAGCUCCGAGAUAUCCGCUGGGACGACGAUCUCGAUCUAUACGCCGCAACCGAAGACGAGUUCGAAUCCGAUGCAAUACAAUCGUUACUUAGCGACGAAGAUCCGACUGUAUUCGAAACCGCUCUCACGCAAUCAUUGCAAACCGCAUUUGGUGAAUUCGAGAAGAGCAUUGACGCUGCUGUGACUUCUCUUUUGACCACUACCACUUCUACCGCCAACAAUUCAGAUCCCAAAGGCCAACAGACCAUUUUCAUCAUCCGCAUUGUCCGCGAACUCCGCCACAAGACGCUCGCACACGCCGACUACUCGUCAGAAUCUUUCGCCACUCCCGUCAUCAUCUCCCGCCUGCUCACCUCCCUCGCUCAAACUACAAUUGGCACCACGACUCUCCGCCCACUGCACCGCUUUGCGAAAAAAGCCACCACCAAUCCCCGGGAAUUGCUCCUCCAAUCGCAAAUCCUCUGGGAAGGCAGCGCUAGCCCACCGCAAUCAUUACCCGUGCAGCCGUCGCCCGAGAUAUUCAAAGUCCUGCACAGACUGUCCACGUCCAUGGCCAGUCUUGGCGGCGAUCUCUGGAACCCCGCCGCCUCGUCUGUGCUCAAGCAGUCUGUUAGUAGACGCGUAGAGGAGAUUCUUGGCCCCGUGGUGGAUGAGUUGGCGGUAGUUUCCGCGUCGCAAGGUACAUCCGUGGAACGCACUACGGGAGUAUCUCGCCAAGACCGCGCUGAGAGGUCUGAAGAAACUGAAGGAUCUAGAGUAUUAUCGAGCCCCGUUGCGCCGGAGAGCAACGAAGCGCGUUCAAGUACUGAGAAACCUGAGAAACCUGAGACACCUAACAGUACCGUACAGACUAACGGCACACUGCAUCCCGAUGAUAUUACCCUGCGAAAAGAACUUUUAAAACAAGUCCUUUUCGACGUGACAUAUCUCCAACGCGCCUUGACUCCUUCAUCACCAUCCCUCUCAUUAUCCCCAUCGCCAUUAUCCCCAUCGCCAUUAUCCCCCUCGUCAUCACCAUCGUCAUCCUCCCCCCCGCCAGACAUUCCUCCUCAUUCUCUCGAAGCCCUGGCAGACAAGAUUAAUAAUCAUAUCCAACUCCCUGAUUCGGCAAAGGAGAGGCUACACAAGAGCGCGCAAGAGUACUGGAAGCGAACGGCCCUGUUGUUUGGGUUGUUAAGUUGAUACUCUGUGCUCUGUGCUGCGUUUGUAUUGUAUUGUAUUGUAUUGAAUUUUAUAUUAUAUUAUUUUGUUUUGUUUGGGUAGUUAAGUUGAUACUCCGUACUCUGUACCGCGU